AUGUCUCCAAGUCCCGCAGAAAAGGCCAGGGAAACUAAGCUCCGAGAAGACCCAUUAGCGAUUGUACUCAGCCCCACCUACGUCGAAUGCAAACGCUGCGGGAAGCAAAUUAAACUAUCGGCGAAAAGCGCGUUUGACCCCCUUCACUGGCGCACUCAUCGGGCGCGGUGUCUCAAGACACGCCACACAAAGACGACUAUGAGGAUUGAUACAGCAAUCAAAGCACAAGCGCCCACCCUCCCCCUGCCAUCCCCGUCCCUGGGCGCACGGCCUUUCGUUCACAGUCAUAAUAACGAUUCAGACGGAAGCACUGAACCCUCCUCAUCCCCGCUAUCAUUUGUUGCAUCUACGCUUCCUCCACCUUAUCAACCCGACGUUGUGACCAGCGAUUGUUUGUGGCGUCCGAAUCCAGUACAGCCAGCUCCUACUACACCCCCCACUCAAGGCUGGCAAGCUUCGACAUGCGUACAGUUGAAGGGAUCCACCAUCGACUCGGCAACCACUCGUGAACUCGAAAAUAAAUUAUUCAAUCCUGAUCCCAACGAAACGAUGGAAGAGAAGAUGCACCGCGAGGCUGCGCUUUCCCUCUCUCUCCUAUCAAGAUCCCCUUAA